AAAGCAUUCCUUUGUCGUUUGGUCUCUCCCACUUUCUCUCAACCUGCUCUUUAAUUUUUAGGAUUUUUAUAUUUAUAUAUAAAUAUAAUACAAAACCAACUUCUCUUCAAUAGCCUCUGCCUCCUCUGCCUCUGCCUCUUAUUCUUCUAUUUUGUUUUUGUUUUUGUUUUUUUUUUUUCCUUAGCAAAAUCUUUUUUUUUUUUUUUCGUUCUCCCUCUUUCUUGGAAAAUACAAGGAUGACUGGUGUAUCUGAUGGAGAAAGUGUCUCUCUUGAUCUUCUCAAGAUGAAAAUGGCUGAGUUUGCCAAGGAAAGGGACUGGGAUCGAUUUCACAGCCCCAGAAACCUGCUUUUGGCUUUGGUGGGUGAAGUGGGAGAAUUAUCGGAGAUAUUUCAGUGGAAAGGAGAGGUACCAAAGGGACUACCUGAUUGGAAAGAAGAGGAGAAGGUGCACCUUGGGGAAGAGCUGUCCGAUGUUCUGCUGUAUCUUGUACGACUCUCUGAUAUCUGUGGAAUUGACUUAGGCAAAGCCGCUAUGAGAAAAGUAGAAUUGAAUGCUAUUAAGUACCCAGUAGGCAUGUGCAAAGGGUCUUCCAAGAAACACAACAACAACAACAGUAACAGUAAUAAUGGCACUGAGAAAUGAGAAAGGAGACCAGUUGAUUGAAUUCUUUUUGGCCUGCUGCCAUGAAACAUGCCCAUAGCUUUGAAGACUUUCUAGGUCUUUUUGUUCAGCUUGUCUUUGUUUGGGAAAUGGACAAGUGUUUUAGGUAAUUGCUAGGUGUUUUUGAUGAUAGGGUAUUGGGUAAUAGGGGGUUAGAUUAGAGGUAGCAACUAGCAAGCAGGCGUAGGAGCGAGUGACUGCAUGGUGACUAUAUGGGGGUUGUGUUUUGGCAUUUAUUCUUGCAGACUUUAUUUACUAUUUGAGCAGCUGAAUGAAAUCCAUUCGACAGAUGUGGUAGUGAUAUGAUCUUAAGAUGUAUUUUGCUUUUAUAGGCUUGUGCCUUUUAGCUCUUUAAUUCCAUUUUAUUUUUGGGCUUUUCAAUGCCUUUUGGAUGUAAAUCGAAACCAAGAAGGCAAAAUUCAAUA